AUGGUGUUGGGGGCGUGACGUCAUGCGCGAUCAGCUGUUUCGGGCUCCAGGAAAAAAAGAACACAACAAAAAAGGAGGGGAGAAAAGUAUUAAAGCACUUAGCUCGGGAUAAACAAAGGCGGAGGCAGGCUCGGAGCGUCGGGGAAAUAUACCGUAUUUUUGUAACAAACAAUAAAAUAAAAUCAUAUUUUUAAAUAUAUAUCUAUAAUUAUUACAUUAUUGUGCGCUCGCACGUGUGUGUGUGUUUAAAUCGACGAAGACGACGACGAAUAUCGCGGUGCAAGCUGCUGCCCUGUCUGUGGUCGCGCUGUUCCCCCUCGAGUGUCUCAGGGUCGGAUGAAAACAUCCUCGAGAGGGGGGGAGACCUUCACUUGCCGAGGGACGGUUCGACCGAGCCACCACUGGUGCUAAAGCCUGCCACACCUGGGCGGACACAUUCCUCCUUCACUUGUGAAGGGACCUGCCAUGUUUCAGAGGCUCAGUGGGUUCUUGUUCCCAGAGGAAGAGAACCCAGCCCCUCAGUCCAGGCGCGCAUCUUCACUGACCGAGUCGGACGGCGACGAAGGCUGGAUAAUCAUCGACCUUACUGACGUGAAUGGCAAUAUUACCCGCGAUGCCCUUACGGAUGAAGUUGACAAUGACAGCUUUAACCCUCCUCACCAGCAACUUACUUCCUCCAAUACCAGCAACUCUGAGGAUGGCACUCCAACACAACCUGCAGAGACUUCACGAGAGGCAGAAGAUUCGAGAAAUUGUCAGCCUACGCUACCACUACAGGUGAAUUUCCCUGGUGCUACCGGCAAUGCUUGCGGUGACAGUUCAUUUGAUUCUGCACCUACCGAGCUGAUCUCUUUCGUGGACAAUUGGUUUGAGCCUCCACCAGCCACUUCCUCAGCCUGUUCUAUAGAAGCCAAAAAUAUUGAGUGCCCGACGGUUCAAGCGCGUAGUAGCCUUCAAGGUCCACGCACACUUGAGGAAAGUUGGAUUCUGCCCAAGCGUGUGGGCUCGCCCCCAGCUCCGCCCUGUCCCGAGUGCAGCGACGAUGACGAGGACUUCUCCUUCCCGGACGGCCGUGCGUUGGCAGCGGAAUAUUCUGACGGGAGCAGCUCCCAGAGCGAGCCCAGCACUCCGAGGGGCAUGGAGGAGAGCUGGCUGCUCGCUCCCCCGCCGUGUUUCUCAGCACCGGGAGAAGGCAGCUCCAAUCGGGGCCUCGAGAGCAGCCCUCUGGAGAACCUCCUCAUCGAACACCCGAGCAUGUCGGUGUAUGCCGCCUUCCGCCGUCGCCGGCCCAGCGGGCAGCCUCUCCACGGUGCCGUGGCUGUAGCUGCAGCACGGGGGACGCGACAGGAGUCCUCCCGGCGCAAGGCCAAGGGCCGCAGGCCGGAGAAUCGGACACGCUUCCCCGUGCAGAGGGGAGGGCAAGAGUCUCCGCAAAGCAACACAGCGCCCAGCUCCCCGCGCCGUGCACCACGCCGAUCCCCUGCAAGCGUGGCAGCGAACGCGGCCCGCAGCCUGUUGGAAAACGCCCGCCGCCUGCACCGCUCGACGCUCGUCGGCCUGCGUAGCCCGCGCCUGCAGCCCAGCCGCCGCCAGCUCCAGAGGCAGAAUGACGCUAGGAACCGGGCCUCCUUUUCUGGCAAGCACCGGGGAAAUGUUAUAAAGCAGCCCGGAUUCAGGUCUCACAAAUUUUGAUGGGACUGGAGCCAUGAGUUACAUGGGGAAAGGACUGUUUUUAGUCAGUGUGUUUGCAUGCCCUGGUGUCAUUCUCGGUGUGUGUGUGUGUGCUUAUGAACAUAGCUUAUUGUUUUUGUUAUGUGGUUGUGCUUUUUAAGAUGUAAAUGUCUGGAAUUUGAGUAGACUUGUGUAGAGCUGCAUGCUUUUUUCCCACACGACUUGACUAAACAUCACCUGGAUCUUGAUUCACAAGCAGGCGCAAAGGUGGGCAAUGCGGUGUUUUUAGAAGUGAUUUCCAGUGACAAGUUGUUGCUGAAAUGUUACACCAUAAAAUGGUUGUAUAGAGUUCAGCCUUUCGAAUAUACAGUUCGUACACUUCAAAGCAAAGGUACCUUUACAUUGUAAGGUAUAGUUCAUUUAUGUUUUAAAUGUGCAUAUUCAAAUACUUUUUCUUUCAUAUUCUUUGUGAUACUUCUUUGGUAAAUCAAGGAACCCUGUUACCACCCAGUUACGUUUGUGUCCCCCCCCCCCCCACGUCGAUCUUUCAUCACGGGUUCACGCGGGGUGGGAGUCAGAAUUUCAUGCACAUUUUAUCAAAAUGUUUUUUUUUCUGGUGGGUCUGCGUUUUAAUGUUGAAUCGAUUACCUUAUUUAUGGAACCAUGUUCACAAGGCCCUGCCCCUGUUUAAUUUGCACUGAUAGUGUUGAUUUGAAAGUGUUCACAUGGACAUUUUGUACUUUUGUACCCUGCACGACACAAGACUGUGGAAAUAUACUCAUGGCUCGCAGAGCAGCAGAAGAGGCUGAGGAUGAGAGACUUGAAGACUGAGGACCAAAACGCACCCCCUUCACCCAAUGUUCCAAAUCAUUCGGAGGAUAAAAGAAAAAUACUAAAUUGCAGUUACAACUGUUUUUGUUAAUGCAUUGCUGUGACGGUUAAUGUGCACAUAAAACAGGCUUAUUGAAUAGUUAUGUUCUGGAAGAUAUAAAAUAUUCUCGGGCCAGAAACUUCUUUACAACUCCAAUAAAUGUCUUGCAAAUUUUUUUAAAGCAAAGUAACUUUCCACUGUGACGAUGUGGUGUUCUCUAAUUCAGAUGAGGCUUUUCACAGUGCCAAAAUAAACAAAAAACGUGAGGACAUCGUUCACGUGGAUCUCACGCACCAUGAAUCUCCCUUGUAAAAUAGCCAGGAAACUGGCUAAACUGGAUGAUCCAUGUAACAAAUAAUAUGAACUUCAACUUGCUGCCAGAAACAAAUAAUUCUAAAUUCAUGGCCAUACUUACACUCCAAAUCCCCGAAAAAGCUUAAUAAUUUAAUUUUCCCCUGCAAUGUACAACUCAACUAUUGCAAUUGUCAAAGUGCACAACUGUUUAAUUGCUGUAUGUGAGCAACAUGGAAAAUGUGCAGUUUUGUAGCUUGGCUAUAUUAGUGAAUAUUUUAUCAGCCCCCCCCCCCACCCCGCUUGGUAUAUGAUUUAAACCCAAAAUCAAUCUGGCUUCACUGGAAUAUUUAAUUGAUAAAUAAAAUAAAAUAUAUUGCAAUGGUUUCAAUUACUAACGUCAAUCACCUGCUAUGAAUAUUUAGUAAUUCUUGUCUAACCCAUUGGAAAUAUAAACAAUCUCCUUUUGGGGUGCAGCAGUGCUGCGCUAUGAACUUGACAACCUGAGUUCUAUUUCCACCCACAAUCAGUGGUGAGUGAUAUAUGAAUCGGUCCCGGGCCAAUGUGAUCCAUAAACUCGUACUUGCGAGUACGAUGAAAUAUGGUUAAACCUUCACAAUCAUCCAGCUGUAAAUUGACAUGGGGCUGUAAAAUAUGAUUUUUAGUUAAAUAUUCCAGGGAAAAUAUAUUUCAAUACGCAAUCAGGAAUUUCAUUAAUUAAUAGUGUAAACAAGAAAAGUAGAUGUUCAACAGAUUGCAAAGUCAAACAUCAACCCCAAUAUUGCACCUUCUAAUUUAAUACUGUGCUGUAGUGUAUUUAAAUAUUCUGGUUUCACAGCUUCAUUACAGUUGCUUUUGAAUAUAUUCGUUGACAUUUGUUUAAAAGUAAUUUUUUUACUAGCAUAUUAUGUAGGUUUUUUGUACUCAAGUACUGUACUGCAUUGGCAUCAUCUGUUUGAAAUGAUUGUUGACCGUUUUAUGGUUCAUGAAGGUAAUUUUUGUGUGUUUACCUAAUAUUUGUCACUUUCAGGAUAUUUUAUUGUGCUUUAUUUUAUCUUUGUAAACUGAGUAAUGUUUUAUUAGUUGUACUUUGACUACCAUUUGAUGCUAAGCUUUGAAAAUGCAUGUUUCACGAUUAUUAAUAUUGAGUGAUUGACGUCUCUGAAAUACAUUUAUAUUGAAACGUUUUUGUUUAAUAUUUGUUUUCAUAUUAUGAUUUGUUUUAAAAUGCAAGCAUGGCACAUUAAUGAAAGGGUAUUGUGGGAAAUAAUUACCAGCAUGUUCACCUGCAGUAAAUGCUAUAUCGGUUGUUCCGGAGUGCCACUCGAAUGUCUAGCCAGUAAAUAUAAUUACAUUCGGUGGCUAGUCAUGACUUGCAGGUAGCUCAACGUUAGAGCCAUCAGCUCGUGAGCGGAAGGUUGCAUGUUCAAGUCCUGAUUGAUAGAUGAGUACCACUCUGCGGGGAAGUCAACGGUCGAUGUCCUAUGGAUAGACUUGCCCCCGCCAUAAGAAUGUGACAUUUCCACAGUCUCAGGAUGGUAAACAGGAGAUGUGAGCCCUCUGAGUGCGCACAUGUGACCAGGAAAUCACUUUGGAUUUUAUUUUAUAUAUUUGCAGCACCAUACUCAUGUUGAAACGAUUAGAUUAAUUGAUUAUAAAAGUAAACAAUAUUAAUUGGUCUCCAAUACACAGGAAACUCAAAGCGGUGCACGCCCAGCGUGAUGCACUGAUGACGACAUCGCUAAUCCUUGCCUACCUCAAUCUUUCAUUCAGCAUCAUUAUUUGUGAAAAUUGUGCAAAUUACAUGCUAGUUUAUUGUAUUUGAUUACCGUAAUCAAAUUAAGCAGAAAUUGAGAGAUAAUAUAAGGUCAGCUCUACACCAGGCUGACACUCUGGAAACUGUGGUUUGGCCCCCUAGUGCAGAGGAACAUGCUGUUAAUGUGACCCACUGCAUUAAUGUAUUAUUAUUUUUGCCAGUUUCAUAGUUUCAAACGAAGUACCUGUACUGAAUAGAGACAUAUGGCGCAAUUGUUUUGUGUUUUAAUGUCAUUAUGAGAAGAUAAAACAUGUUAUGAGUAUUUGUGUACAUAAAUUGAUGUACUGUGUAGUUUAGGUUCUAAAGCCAAACGGCUACAAUCUCGGGUUCUGUGUUAAUGGUGCUACAAGAACACAGUUUACAGAAAAGCCUUUUCUGUCUUCACAGAAAUGUUGACCUAAAGAUUUUGACAAUGUUGAAGUGAGUCAUACUUGACGAUUUAGCAAAAUGCUGGUGGAAUUGAACAUAAAUAUAGAAAGUGCAGUUCUUUCUGAAGACCGGUCGGGAAUCGAACUUGUGUUUAAAAAAAAAAGUUGUUAAAAAAACUUACGCGUGUUUGUGGUCUGGCGUCGGUUGGUCCGAUUGUGUAAUAUCGCAUGUGUACAUUGUAGCAAAAAAAAAACCUCAGGGUAUACUUGAUGUGUGGAAGUAAUUGUUUCAGCAAAGCAACAGAAAAGGGCAUUGUGAGAAUCUUGCUUUGUGGUCAUUAUGGUGAGCUGACAUAUCUCAUAUGGUUGAGGUGAACCCAUGGCGCGAGUGUUUUAGAAUGUUGUGCAUCCGUAACAUGAACAGUCGAGCACACACGGUUGUUGGACUGAAAGCAGUUUGGUGUUCACUUUAUUUAUGCCUGCAUUACUGUGAUUGUGAGUGUCCGUACAUUCCGCUACUCUAUAUUUAAAGGGUGAAAGCGACAUUUAAAGAUGUAUGGUGGUAUAAAGUUAAAAGUUGAAAAUUCUCAUGAUCAGUAGAAGUUGAAUAUUAUGCCACUGUAUUCAGCAAAAGGAUAUACACAUUCCAAAGUCAAUGUGUAGAGUCCAUAAUUGGAAUAAUAUUAGCACAUAUCACCAUUAGAACGUAUCCACUAUACAAACCUAACUUUGGUUUAAGGUUCAUGUAAACAAGACGACAACUUUCUUGGAUUAUGGUAGUAAUGCUAAGUAGGUAUAUGGGCAAAUUAUGGUGAUCCGUAUAUAAUCCGUCGUUUUUUUAAUGCAUUUUAUUCCGUUUGAAUAUGUCAAGUCUGUAAGUAAACUAGAGAAAGUUCAAGAAAUGAACCUGACGCUUGCCAUGUGUAAAUGAUGUUCUGACAAAUACGUACGUGUGUGUGUGCUGCAGUGUAAAUGGCUGAGAAGAAGUUCAGUCGCAGCUGCAUCUGUUGAGCUUGGGUUCUGUACAGCUUUAUUUCAAGCACGUUUGCUUCUGGCGUUUUUUGUGUAACCUUGCCUUUUAUCUGUGUUCACUGUAAAUUGUGCCUUUUUUAUCACGAAACUGUUUAAUUGUAAAAUAUAAAAUAACAAAAAAAACAAAAAUGCGUUUAAAAAAAAACAAAUAAUAAAAAACUAUGCAAAAGU